AUGUGCUCUGGCGGUCCCCAGGGCCCUCCACGCGGGAGCCAGGCUCUCUCGGUUCCAGAUGCGGCCGCGGUCUCGGGGAAGUUGGGAGGUGACCUCGAGGCUGGGCUAGACUCUGUGGAGGACACUUGGGACGGGGGAGGGGUUUGGCUCCGGGGCCGUGGGAUCCCGGCCAGGGGCGGAAGUUCUGCACCGGCCCGCGGGGCUAUGCCCAAGCCAGCCCGCUGCCAACACUCCUCCUCCACCUCGGCGAUCCCCGGGCCCACAGCUUCUUUUGCAGCCGCGCGGGCUUUCGGGUCCACGGCCUCUGGACGUGCUGGGCUCGCGCCUGCGCCCGGGAGGCAAGACUUUGGGCACCACGCGACGACAUCCGGACGCGGCGCCUUCGUCGCGGGCCCGGCCGCGCCGCUCCCCGGGGGCCGCUGCGGGGCGUGCCGUCGCCACAAAGCAGCCCGAAAGGAAACCCCGCGAGGCUCGGGGCUGAGGCAGGAGGGGCAGGGAGAGGGGUAG